UGACGUCACGGCCGGUCGGCGGGGCCGGGGCGGCGGGUUCCGGUAUCGCAGGGCGGGGCGGGCGCGGCGGCAGCGGCCGGGACCAUGGCGGGGGCCACCACGAUCGAGGCGGUGAAGCGCAAGAUCCAGGUGCUGCAGCAGCAGGCGGACGACGCCGAGGAGCGGGCGGACCGCCUGCAGCGGGAGGUGGAGGCCGAGCGCCGCAACCGGGAGCAGGCUGAGGCAGAAGUGGCAUCUCUGAAUCGCCGCAUCCAGCUGGUAGAGGAGGAGUUAGACCGGGCCCAGGAGCGCCUUGCCACGGCUCUGCAGAAGCUGGAGGAGGCGGAGAAGGCUGCAGAUGAAAGUGAAAGAGGCAUGAAAGUCAUCGAAAACAGAGCUCUGAAGGAUGAGGAGAAAAUGGAGCUGCAGGAGAUCCAGCUCAAGGAAGCCAAGCACAUCGCGGAGGAGGCGGACAGGAAGUACGAGGAGGUUGCCCGGAAAUUGGUGAUCAUAGAAGGAGAUCUGGAGCGCACUGAGGAGAGAGCUGAGCUUGCAGAGUCUAAAUGUUCCGAGCUGGAGGAGGAGCUGAAGAAUGUCACCAACAAUCUCAAGUCUCUUGAGGCUCAGGCUGAGAAGUACUCUCAAAAAGAGGAUAAAUACGAAGAAGAGAUCAAGAUCCUGACUGAUAAACUCAAAGAGGCGGAGACCCGUGCUGAAUUCGCCGAGCGGUCUGUGGCCAAGCUGGAGAAGACCAUCGAUGAUUUGGAAGAUGAGCUCUAUGCCCAGAAACUGAAGUACAAAGCAAUUAGUGAGGAACUGGACCACGCCCUGAAUGACAUGACUUCCAUUGCCCGAAGAGCCCUUCAGGAAUCGAGUUUUGGUGAAAUGGGACACCUCCCGUGGUUUCCUGAACCUCAGAUAAACUGAAAUCCACCAAAGAGGAGCAUCUCUGCACGCAAAGAAUGCUGGACCAGACCCUGCUAGACCUGAAUGAAAUGUAAUGGAUCCCUGCCACUGCCUCCGCCACACGAUGCCAUGGGGGGCCAGCCCAGCCGCUGCUGACCUCUAACCCUUGGGGACCAGGGUUUACUUUCUGUUGCCAACUUGACCAAACACAAAUCUGCUAUUUCACCUCAGGGUUAAAGGUCAUCAGGUUGGGCAGAGCUUCAAACAGCAUUAUUAAGGGAAAUAAACAAUGCAAUAAUGUUUGGGGAGCAUGUUUGAGAUGUAUACAUUUUGUAACUACCUUUUUUUGUAGCAACCAUUGUAAACAUUCCAAAUAACUGAGGCUGGUGAGCAACACUUCAAAAGCUCUUGGCUUUAAACUUUGAUAUUAACCUUCUGUUAGUUAGCUCUGGGCCCCUCUGCUUUGGCAGGGGAGGAAGAUGGGUGUGAUGGUUCCUGGCUGUGGGCCGCUGACUAGGAGAGUAGGGCUAGGAAUGGAAGCCUGUUGGGAAAACUUCCACUCCAGGAGCUGUUUGCCAAAAGAGCAGUUCAGUUUUCAGCUUUAAGGUAACUCUGUCGUGGAGAAGCAACUUGAGCAAAAGCAGACUUUUUUUUUUUUUUUUAAAGCCAAGCCUAUUAUCUGAACAAUUGAACCUUCACAGGGGUUGUUUCCCUUCCCUUCCCCCAGUGUUGGCCACUUCCUUUCCCGGUAGGCUUAGAGAAGCCACGGCCCCGCUAACACAUUGCUACACAGGGGUUGAAUUUGCCUUCACUAAGUGCUGAUGCACCAAGCUUUAUCACUCAUCGCUGGGUUAAACUUAACAGCUUAAAGUCUUGUUUUCUUUGAAAAGUUCUGCCUACCCUGGGGGGGGGAAGCCGAGGCCUUCCCUCUCCUGGCCAGGAGUGCUCUUAAUGUCUUAAUAAGGUACAAGCCAUCUUGCUGUGCAGUGUUGAUGUAGUUUUUGUGAGGCGUGAGUGUGGAGAUGUCGAGCUCGCGGUGUGUAGCUUGUGGUUCGAGCAUGCUGCUUGGUUGUAGCAGUUCUAGGGGCCAAUCUGGAGAAAAGAACCAUAUCAAGUGUUUUGAUACUAAAUUGAGAAAUUGUAUUACUGUCUUUUGAAAUAAAAACCAAUCCCUCCA